UCUAGUGCACAAUACAUAUUAUCUUCUCGGCAUUUACAUGCUUGCUUCACUUUGUUCUUUCCUCUGUUGUGUUUGAUGGCUGCAACUGCUACCACCGCACCAAUUUUCCAAGACCAUAACAAAGACAGCAACAAUGGCAACCAUGAAAUAAGCAGGCAGGAAAUCCAAACCGCCAUAGCCAAAGCAGUGGAACUAAGGGCAAUUCAUGCUGCAUUAACAAAAGGAAAUAGCCCAUGCCCAAGCCCAAGCCCAGGCCCUGCCAUUGCUAGAUACCCAUCUCCUUCCCUUGCUUCACGCUCUGCAUCACGCUCUGCUUCUCAGUUCUCUGCUCAAGAUUACCCUGUUUUCACACCAAGCUAUGAAGAUGACCCAUAUCAAAACCCAAGAACAAUAUCAGAAAGCUGGGAUGAGAAUGGGGUAGGAGGAGGAAACAACAUAGAAACCAUGGUCUCAGAUUACAAGGAGAAAUCAAGUUCAAGAAAGGGACUACCUUUUGGUUUUGCUAACCUAGAAUCUCACUUGUGUUCUGCUGAUGAUAGCAAAUCUGUGACUGGUUCUUGUGCAAAUAACAUUACUGUUCUUCAAACAUCACCUGCUACUAAUGAUUACUUCAAAUCCACAAGGAGAAACAGUUUGGGGGACUUGAAGCCCGUAUCGUCAUGCAAUAGAUGCAAACCUGCUGUCAUAACUAGCGAGUUUGAGAACACAAGGAACAACAAGAGCUCCAACAUUGUUGUUCCCCUCACGGAUUCUCAUGCAUCUUUUCAAACAAAACCAAAAAGUAAAGGGGUUAUUUCAUGGUUGUUCCCUCGGUUCAAGAAGAAGCAUAAUAAUGAGAGUUCCCCAAACAGAACAGAAUCUGAGGAAGUUUCUCAGGUUCUUAAGGACAUGGGAGUAAUGUCAAUGGAGACAUUGAAGAGAGAGCUGAUGGAAGCAAACGAGAGAAGAGACACUGCAUUAAUGGAAGUUUCUGAGAUGAGAUCCUCAUUGGGGGAACUGAAACAAAAGCUGGAGUGCUUGGAGAGUUACUGUGAAGAGCUCAAGAAAGCUUUGAAGCAAACAAUGCAUUCAAAAGAAACCCCACUUUGUGAAAAGCUUAAUAAUCAUCCCCAUAGAGGAAUAUCCUCUGAUGGGAAUGCAGAAAAUCUGAUGCCUGUGGGUGAGGAUGUAAUGGUUGAGGGCUUUUUGCAGAUGGUAUCUGAAUCAAGGUUAUCAGUGAAGCAAUUCUGCAAGACCCUUAUAUGCCAAAUUGAAGAAACCGAUCAUUCUUUGGUUGAAAACUUGAACUUGCUUCUUCAACCUUAUAGGCUCUCCUUGAAUUCCAAAUACUCAAAGGCUGUUCUAUACCAUUUUGAAGCUUUCAUAAACCAAUCUCUCUACCAAGACUUUGAGAAUUGUGUGUUCCAAAAGAAUGGCUGCACAAAAUUUUUAGACCCAAGACAGGAUCGCCAAGCACAAUUCUCCUCAUUCGCUGCACUUAGGAAUUUGAGCUGGAACGAGGUACUGAGAAAAGGUACAAAAUAUUACAGUGAAGAAUUCAGCAAGUUCUGUGACCAGAAAAUGAGUUGUAUCAUCUCAACACUAAAUUGGACUAGGCCUUGGCCUGAGCAACUCCUUCAAGCUUUCUUCGUGGCAGCAAAAUGCAUAUGGUUGCUACAUUUGUUGGCCUUUUCUUUCAACCCACCAUUGGGAAUUUUAAGGGUUGAAGAGAGUAGAAGCUUUGAUGCUCAAUACAUGGAAGAUAUGGUUACUGAUAGGCAAAGGUCACAAGGUCCAAGCAAGGUUAAGAUCAUGGUGAUGCCAGGGUUCUAUGUUCAGGAUAGGGUCUUGAGGUGUAAAGUUAUUUGCAGCCACAAAUUUGCACCUUAG